AUGUCUCAUGCGAAAUGCACAGACGCGGCGUCAGAGCCGAUCUGGAGAACCCCGAGCGAGAAGAAUGACCCGAAGCACGGUAAUACAAUACACGUCGAGAACAUUCUUCCCGAUGACGCCGACCCGGAGCCCGCCCCAACCAAACAAUUCAUCCAGCAUCAAAAACGAGAACACAUCAAAGGUCGCCGGCUCAUCUUCGCCUUCGUAGGCUGGAUGCUAACCGAGUUUAUGGGCGGAUUGGGCGGAAAUAUGCUUUCGCCUGCCCUCCCAGUUGUCGCAUCCCAGUUUGACGGCCUGGGAAAACUGGGCUGGGUCAGUGGGGCAUACUACAUGACGCAAUGCGCGUGCAUGCUGUUGUUCGGACAAGCACUAGUACUGUUCAAUGGGAAAUACGUGCUGAUUGCCGCAAUCGCCUUCUUCAUGCUUGGCUCCGCGGUCUCCGGUGCAGCUCACACUAUUGAAACGUUGAUCGUCGGCCGGGCAAUUGCAGGCAUCGGGGCUGCUGGGUGCUGGGUUUCCGUGCAGACAACGGUAGCUGAGCUCGUGGACCUCGAGUCACGUCCGCUUAUCCUUGGACUUUUCGGAAUACAAAAUGCGGUGUCGGGGACAUGCGGGCCUAUACUUGCUGGGGCUUUGACGGCCCAUGGGCAGUGGCGGUGGUGUUUUCUUUUGGUCUUGCCGCUGGGCAUGGCUAGCAUUAUAUUGAAUCUUCUCGUCAUUCCGUCCCUUCCGCCUUGGCCGAUUACAGAGGAGAUUGAAUCGAAGCUUGACAAGAGACUCGAAUCGUGGGCUCAUUGGCCUUGGAAAAAUAAACCAAUUUGGGUCAAGCGAGUUCUGCUCGUUGAUAUUACGGGAUACUUGCUUCUCACUGGUGCGCUGGUCUGCUUCAUUCUUGCGCUUCAGUGGGGUGGGGACUCUUACGAAUGGGACUCGUCCGUUAUCAUUGGUCUCUUUGUCGGAUUCUUCGCCAUUAUAGCUGUUUGGCUUCACUGGGAAAGAAAAUCAGUCUGGCCUCUGGUCGUGCCGCGGACAUUCCUUGAUCGAACGGUAGCCGGCGCGACGAUACUGGCUAUGUUGAAUCUCAUGUGCAACCUGUUCGCAGCAACAUACCUCCCAAUUAUCUUCGAAGCAGGCCGAGGCGUGUCCACCCUAGAAGCAGGUAUUCACCUCAUUCCAUUCCUACUGUCUGUUGUUGUAGCACAGGCUCUCCAGGGAAUAAUCAUGACUUGGACAAAGCACUUCUGGGCAUGGGGCGUGACGGCCCCGGCCUUUCUUGCUAUUGGCGGAGGCUUGUUUUCCACGGUCAGUGCUGACACAAAGACAAGCGCUAUCAUCGGCUACCAGAUCAUCUAUGGAAUUGGUGUUGGCUUGGUACAAAACGUGGCCUAUAUUUCGGUCCAGGCCGAUAGUGCACCUGAAGACGUCUCUAGCAAGAUUGCGACGGUGUCUUUUGGGCAAUUGUUCGGAGGCUUGUGCGGGCCAGUUAUUGGAAGCGCUAUUCUGAAUAGCGAGCUUACGCAACGACUGGCAGCAAGUGGUGUAUCUGACUCUGUGGCGAGUGCUGUGAAGUCAUCUGUUGAUGCAGUCUGGAAGCUGGAAAGUGGCGAUUUGCGCGACAAGGUCAUUUCAGCAUAUUUUGCGUCUCUGGAUUGUAUUUUUAUUGCAUCUGUUCCGGUUGCAUUCUUGAUCAUUAUUGCUGGUGCUUGUAUUCGAAAUGUUCGUCUGAAGGAGAGGGAUUCAUGA